CGCAAUAAAUAAAGAAAAACCCUAAUUAACAAUGCCCAUUCUCUCUCUCUAAAAAGCUCUCUCUCUAUCCAUCGUAACCCUAAUUGGCUUUUCCAUGGCGGCGGCUCGUGAACGUAAUGACAAUUCAUAUGAAGACGGAGGGGGUUUCGGCAAGUUUCGAAAGCGGCCGUUUCGAAGGGUCCAGGCUACGCCGUACGAUCGGCCGCCGACCGCAAUUCGAAACCCCACCCCCGCUAGUAACACCAACAACAAUAAUGGUUGGUUAUCAAAGUUGGUGGAUCCAGCACAGAGGCUCAUUACUUACAGCGCUCACAAGCUUUUUGCUUCCGUUUUACGAAAACGGCUACCUCCACCUCCUCCGCCCCAGCCGCCGGAGACAGAGGCAAAUGGGGGAGCGCCUGAUAAGCAGCGGGAAACCGUUCCUAAAGAUCCACCCGGAAUACAAGGUUCAGCUGCCAAUGAAAUUGAUAAUCCAGGUGGUAGUUAUGACAGGGGUGGGCUUACUGAACUAGAGCUAAUUCUGAAGCAGAAGACAUUUACAAGGUCUGAGAUUGAUAGAUUGAUGGCUCUGCUGCAAUCAAGAACUGUUGAUGUUGAUCUGCCUCUUGGGAAUCAGGGAGAGAAGUCUGAAGCGAUCCCUUCAAAAGGUUUUUUAUCCCCAGAUAGGAAGGAGUAUCCAAAUACGCCAAUUAAAGACAAUGGACUUGAGAACCCCCACAUUUCAACUCCCAAUGUCCUUGAUGAGGAUGUUGCUUCACCUGCGGAGCUUGCAAAAGCUUACAUGGGUAGCAGGCCUUCAAAAAUAUCCCCAUCAGUGCUGGGUUUGUGCAGUCGACCGACUGCGGAGCAUUCAAUUGCGCAGAUUGAUCGACUGUUCCCUUCAAAGUCCCCGAUCAUGUCAGUUGUGCCAAGGUCUUCACGUCAUGUUGUAUCUGUUGAAAAUGGUUUUGUCACGCCAAGAUCUCGUGGUCGUUCUGCUAUUUACAGCAUGGCUCGAACACCAUAUUCCAGAGUUCACUCAACCUCUACCCUUCAGGGUGCUGGGACAGAAACUAAUGUUCUUGGUGCGCCAUCAUUUUCAUCUCAAGGCAUCUGGGGGAACAACAGAUUUUCUGGAUCUAAACAAGGGGCUUUAAAGCGAAGGAGUUCAGCUCUGGAUAAUGAUAUAGGAUCUGUUGGUCCUAUACGCCGAAUUCGUCAGAAAUCUAACCUCCUGCCUUCUUCUAGCACUCUUUCUAUCCGUGGAACUGGCCUUGGUUCUGAUGCUGCUCAACAACCAUCCUCGUCACAGAAGCUAGUUGUAGCAAGCGAAGUAUCUAUAGAAAAUGAUGAUAAUAGUAUUCAUGGUUCUAGUUCUACCUCUGUCCCCUCUAAGUCCAGUGAGAUGGCUUCAAAGAUAUUGCAGCAACUGGAUGUGUUAGUCUCAUCAAGGGAGAAGUCACCUACUAAGUUGUCACCAUCCAUGCUACGUGGACCAGCUCUUAGAAGCCUCGAGAAUGUAGAUUCUUCAAAAUUUCUGGAGACUGUUCAAGAUAAUAAUAAGACAGAUGUUAAACGUGAUGCCUCACUACCUGAUGUACGAGAUUCUCUGUCUCAAGAGCAAGAUAAGGUUGAGGAAAAUGGUCCAAAGAAGCUCAGUGUGUCUUAUGAAAAGUUAGCUUCUGCAGUAAAUGGUAUAGAUCCCACAAAUUUGGUGAAGAAUAAUAUGUCUGAUUUCAAAAAUAUAUCUUUUCCCAUGGUGAAUUCUGUUGCCCAGCCCCCUUUGCAGAAGAAAUGGGCUUUCCAGAUGAGUGCACAUGAGGAUUAUCUGGAGCUUGAUGAUGAUGACCAUUUUGAUAGGAGUGCAUCUGCUGUGUUGGCUGAAGAGAAACAGAAGCUGGAUACCACUUUAGUUGAAAGUAAGACCAGUUCUGCUGAGGCCAUUACAUCAGAGAAGCCUGCAGCUUUUUCUCAAGCCAAACCUGAAGCAAGUUCCAUAUUCAACCAAAAAACUCCAGUAGCUUCUGAUGGGUCUGCAUUUACUGAAAAGAACAGUGGAUUUUCUGUUCCAUCUGCUGCACCUUUGCCCAGUGUAACUGUCCAGCACGCUGUUGUUGUGGACAAGCAGGCAACUGUAACAUCUGAUAAAGCUUCAUCACCAAAUGAAUUAAGUGCUGCUCCUCCUAUACUUAACUUUGGGGACAAAAUUGUUUCUCCCAAGGAACCAAAUGGUAUCCCAUCUAUAUCUAAUUUCAGCUCUAAAACUGUGGGUGUAGUACCACUGUUCACAUUUGCUUCCACUUCAUCAGUUGUGAGUGAGACUGCAGGCUUAAAGUUUGGUACUUCAAACCCUAGAUCAGAAAGCUCAAGCAGCUUUGCUUUUAAUGCUGUUGAUGCAACAAAGUCUGGUACAAAAGAGCCUGAGUCAGACAAAACUGAUAAUAUAAACAGUUUGAAGGCUGGUGUCUUCAGUUCAAAUGAAACCUUGUCUUCUUCUGUAUCAACUUUCUCACCUGCAACAGGCAUAUUUUCAUUUGGCAUGGGUACCAAUACUUCAAGUUUAAACGGGUCUCUUGUAGAUUCUAUACAUUCAUUUUCUUCCCCUGAUCCAACUCUAGUUUCUGAUAAAAUUGUUGGCCAAAAUUCAUCUAGCAGCUAUAGCAACACAGUUGUUGACAGUGGUGCCAUUACCUCUACCUCUGCUAUGACUACUACAAGUCCGAACACCAACAGCAGUAGCAACGUUUCUGUGUCGGCUUCAGCACCUUCCUAUGAAUCUAGACCUGCUUUCAAAUUCGGUUCCUCAUCCACUCCCAACUCAUCAAUAGCAGCAACUAGUGGUGUAGAAUUGACAGAAAUCAGGAAGGAAACAAGCUUUGGCAAUCUAAUGAGUGCUCCUUUUGCCAGUACAUCCUCUGUGGUUACAAGCACUGGGGGCAGUCUUUUUGGUGGUACAUCCUCUGCAAUGAUGAGCACAGGAAGUAUUGUUUUAGAUGGUACAUCAUCUGCAGUUGCCAGCACUGGAAGUAGCACUUUAUUUGCUACAUCUUCUUCUGUUACAAGCACAGGCAAUGGUAUUUUUAGUUUUAAUGCUGGAUCAAAUACUUCAGCCGCAGCUGCAACUAAUCAAUCUCAGGGUUUUAAUCCUUUUGGUGCCACUAGCGCUCAGGAAUCUGGAUCUGUAUUUGCUGCUACAACUCAGAGCAUGCCCAUUCAAUUUAGCUCAUCUGCAUCAUCUCCUUUUGGGUUGACUGCGAAUAUGACCUUUUCUUCUGGAAGUUCCUUAUUUAGUUCGUCAAAUAAUAUGAAUAAACUUUUCAGUUCUGGUGCUACUUUUGGACUGACUUCUACUUCUUCAGAGACUAACACUGUUGGCUCUGCUAGUAGCUCUAUGUCAACAGGGUUUGGUUCUAGCUGGCAAACACCUAAAUCUCCCAUUUUUACUUCUGCAUCUUCCUCUACUGGGUUUGCGUAUGGAGCAUCCUCAGCUUCUAAUGCUACUAGCGCCACAUCCAUCAUGUUUGGAUCAUCUGCUUCAUCUGGUUCUAUUUUUUCCUUAAGCUCACCUGCAGCAUCUACUCCAUCACAACCUGUGUUUGGUAGCCGAAAUCCUGCCUUCGCAUUUGGGUCAUCUCCAGCGGGUAAUAGUGAUCAAAUGAACAUGGAGGAUAGCAUGGCUGAGGACACUGUUCAGGCAACCACAUCUACAGUUCCUUUGUUUGAUCAACAACCGGUUGCACCUCCAUCUUCUGGCUUUGUUUUUGGCUCUACGGCUCCAUCAGGAGGGAAUCAAUUUGGCUCAACAGCUCCCUCUGGAGCAAAUCCUUUUCAAUUUGCAAGCCAGUCGAAUCUGGCAGCAUCACAGAACCAAUCUCCAUUCCAGGCUUCUGGUAGUCUAGAGCUCAAUGCAGGAGGGAGCUUCUCAUUGGGCACUGGUGGUGGUGAAAAGUCUGGCAGAAAAUUUUUGAGAGUCAGAAAAACGCAGCGGAAGAAGUGAACAUCAAUCAUUGAUGCUAAGUUGCUUUUCUCAUUGCAGUCCCUGGACAGUUGCGAUUGAUAGACAAAUAAUUAUAAUGAUGGGAGAUGAACAGCAUUGAUGUGUUCUUGCUGUUAAUCACCCAGAUUAUUCAGUGAUGAUGCAGGCAAAACCAUCCUUUGAGGCUCUGGGAAUGUGCUGAUUCUGUAUGGUCUCUAAUUAGUCUUCUUGGGGGCGAAUUUUAUGGUUGCAAGGCAGACAUAGGUUGUCACAAUUUUGUACCAGUUUUCCUUAGCAAAUCUAAGAAUAUUUGUGCUGUAGUAGUUGUAGCUCAGGAUUUAUUACUGGGCAAUUUGCUAGCUACUGUGUUCUCUGUACUUGUCAUAUGUAAUGUAACAUAAAGAGAAAUUGAUGUGAAUUUGCUUAAGAAAAGGUACCUUUACUGGUUGCAA